AUGAGAAAGAUGAUGGGGAGCGCGAGGCGCGUUGGCACACUGGAGCGUCACCUGCGGCCGAGCACAACUCUUGCACCCUCUGCCCAUCUCCUCAGCCGGGGCUAUGCAGCUGCGACGGGAGGGGCCUCGCAGCCCAUGUGGAAGAAAGUGCGCAUCACUGCUGCUGGUACCGGCAUGCGCACUGUCGCCAAGGAAGAAGGUGAAGGCCACGAGGUGGUGAUGGACGAGCCCCAGAAGAUGGGCGGAACCGACACCGGUGCCACUCCCCUCCACACCCUCUUGGCUUCGCUUGCCGGCUGCGAGCACGCGACUGCGAUGCUCCUGGCCCGCCAAAUGAAGAUCAAGCUUGAUAGCAUCACCUUUGAUAUCGAGGGCGACUACGACGUUCGCGGAUUCCGCGGCGUUGAGGGUGUGCCUGCGCGGUACCAGACCGUGCGGGUCAAGGCGCUGGUCAAGACCGACGCCCCGCAGGAGAAGGUGGACGAGCUGGCCCACUUGGUCCACAAGAAGUGUCCCGUGGCAGCUCUGUUCCACGAUGCUGGUGUGCAGAUGGAUGUCUCCUGGACCAAAGUGUGA